AGAUUGUUCUCGAGCAGCGUGUCAGGACAACUUGUCCACUCUCAGGACUCAUUUUUGCUCGGGUCCGGCCUCACCCUACCUUGAAAGAAUGCUUGUCGGGUUAGAUAGAGAAAGAGUCGGUCCGCCGUAGAGCUGGAAAGUGCCACCGUUUUACAACGUCCAUACUUUGGUAAUCUUCUUCCAAUCGGGGUCUGGAAAUGCAUAGUACAAGACGAAUCUUUUAGAUUGCAGGGUGAAGAGCAGCCUGACUCAUCAUCAUCAUCAUCGAGCUUCAUUUUUUUUAGCUAGCGGUGCCGGUGGGCGGGCGGCGGGGCCGACGAUGAACUUUGGAAAACACAUGGCAGGAGACCAUCGCAGGUAGCUCCAGACAUUACGGGGAGCCAUUCGGCCUGGGCCUGGGCCCGGGUUCAGAUCCGAACCGGACAGCUGGAAACAAAAAACAAGUGCCUGAGCCACAAACACAGACGGGAUGCCCUCGAGUCAGCUUCCGAGCGAGGACACCGCCAAAGGCCGAUCGCGGGAGUCCAUGAAGCUGAAGAAGGAGAUCUCGCUCCUCAAUGGAGUUUGCUUGAUCGUGGGCAACAUGAUCGGGUCGGGCAUCUUCGUGUCGCCCAAGGGCGUCCUCAUCCACAGCGCCUCCUACGGCCUGUCGCUGGUGGUGUGGACCGUCGGCGGCAUCUUUUCCAUCUUUGGAGCGCUGUGCUACGCGGAGCUGGGGACCACGAUCACCAAAUCGGGGGCCUCCUACGCAUAUAUCCUGGAGGCCUUCGGGGGCUUCCUGGCUUUCAUCCGCCUGUGGACGUCACUGCUCAUCAUCGAGCCCACCAGCCAAGCCGUCAUCGCCAUCACCUUCUCCAACUACAUGGUGCAGCCCGUCUUCCCCAGCUGCAUAGCGCCGUACGCGGCCAACCGGUUGCUGGCGGCCGCUUGCAUAUGUUUGCUGACCUUUGUCAACUGCGCCUAUGUGAAAUGGGGAACCAGGGUGCAGGACUUCUUCACUUACGCCAAAGUCAUUGCCCUCAUUGCCGUCAUCAUCACGGGCGUGGUCAAGAUGGUCCAAGGUCACACGCAAAACUUCGAGGGCCUCUUUGACGGGUCGUCGCAGGAUCCCGGAGACAUCGCUUUGGCUCUCUACUCGGCUUUGUUCUCCUACUCCGGAUGGGACACGCUCAAUUUUGUCACCGAAGAGAUCAAGAACCCCGAAAGGAACCUGCCACUGGCCAUUGCCAUUUCCAUGCCCAUCGUGACGGUCAUCUACAUUUUGACCAACGUGGCUUACUACACCAUUCUGCCCAUGAACGCCAUCUUGGACAGCGACGCCGUGGCUGUGGUGAGUGAAGAAGCGGCGCCGUUGCACCGUCACCGUCACCGUCACGGCCGUGUCGCGUGUCCGCCCGCAGACGUUCGCAGACCGGGUGUUUGGCGUGAUGAACUGGACCAUCCCCUUCGCGGUGGCUCUGUCUUGCUUCGGAGGUCUCAACGCUUCCAUCCUGGCGUCGUCCAGGCUGUUCUUCGUGGGCUCCAGAGAGGGCCACCUGCCCGACUGCCUGUGCAUGAUCCACGUGCGCCGCUACACGCCCAUCCCGGCGCUGCUCUUCAACGUCCGUCGCCCCGGCCUUCGGUGCUGCCGUCGAGAGGUUCUUUGCCCCUCUACCUUCUUCUCUGCCUGCAGGGUGUCAUGGCUCUCAUCUAUUUGUGCGUGGAGGACGUCUUCAGGCUCAUCAACUACUACAGCUUCAGCUACUGGUUCUUCGUGGGCCUUUCCAUUCUGGGCCAACUUUACCUGCGCUGGAAGCAGCCCGACAGGAAGAGGCCGUUGAAACUCAGCAUCGUCUAUCCCGUCCUUUUCUGCUUCCUCACCAUCUUCCUGGUGGUGGUGCCGCUGUACAGUGACACCGUCAACUCCUUGAUUGGCAUCGGGAUAGCCCUGUCUGGCGUGCCCGUUUACUUCCUGUGCUGCUACACGCCCGCCCAAAAGAGGCCCCUGUGGCUACAGCGCGCCAUCGCUCAGUCCGGGGUGCUCAUCCAGAAGGUGUGCUUCUCGGUUUUAACAGAAAUGGACGUCCAUCACGACGACUGAAUGCGCACACACACACACACACACACACACACACACAAAGAGAAAGUUUUUUUUCCUGUGAGAUUUCACG